AUGCCAUUUUGUCGAACAUUAAAUGCCAAGGAACUACAAGAGCUAGAUGAUUGGAUGAUCCAUAAGCAGAUCAAGCUAGACAAUCGCACACGUCGCGAUCUAUCCGAUGUUGUGACCGUCGCUCGACUCUUUAGGAAAGUCAAUGCAAAGCUGGUAGACAUGUACAAUUUUAGCUCGCACAGUAGCUUUGCAUUAAAGUUGGAAAACUGGAAGAUGUUUAAUUUGAAAGUACUGCGAAAAUUGGGUUUUAAAUUGUCUCGCAACGAUCUAGAGCAGCUUGCCUCGGCCAGACUAACCGCUGCGCAAUCGCUGCUCUAUCAUUUGAUGUGCACCGAGCGAGAUGGACCCAAACUAAAAUUCCAACGACAAAUGCAUCCUCUGAUGGCGGUGGCAACCCAGGAAGACAUUCAGAUGGUUAGAAAUAAUUUGGCAGGUAACACCUCGAAUCAAAUGCCAGUGCAGCUGCUGGAAAACGAUAAGGAGCCUGCAGAGGACCCCAAGCAAGUGCCAUAUACAGUGUAUAAGCAAUUGAUUCAGGAGAAACACAAGAAGGAAAAAUAUAUCAGCUCAGUGCGCCAAAAAGUUAGGUUACUUCAAAGCCUCAUCUUGGUAAAAGAAGAGCGGAUCAACAAUCUAAUGAAACGUCUGGCCACACUUUCCAAACACACUCCACUUUAA